AUGAUAGUCUCGAGCAUUUUGAUAUACAUUAUUUUAAGUAUCUAUAUAACUAAAGCCGAUGAUUGUGAAUAUUCAACAUCCGAUGGUAUAUUAGAUUUGAGAACAUUCGGUUAUAAAAAUCAACCAAAAUACGCUAAUAUACCUGAUACAGCUUUAAAAACUCUAACAUAUUCUUUCAAUGGUUGUUUUGCUUAUUCAACAAAAGAUACUUGUCAAAAUGCAGCUGCAUGUGUUACCGAUAUAACAUCAAAUCAGGAGAAACUAAUUGCUCGCCAAACAGAUCGUGUCUUUACAUACAAUGGUGGUGUAAUAAGUAUAAUUUAUACAGAUGGAGAGGAUACAACAGUACGUGUUUUUCUUGUGUGUAAAACCACGGAAUCAGUGCAAGCUACUCAAGUUGAACACAAUUCAUAUCUAUUCCAUAUUGAAAGUGAAUGCGCUUGUCCGGGCAAAUGUACUUAUAUUCCAGAUAAACCACGAGGUCGUUUAACAGGUGGAGCUGUUUUUAUAAUAAUUUUACUUUCUAUCAUUACAACUUAUCUUAUCAUCAGUGUCCUUUUUCUUCGAUUCAUAAAACAUGAACAAGGUAUUAAUCUUAUACCACAUCGAACAUUAUGGUUACAAAUAGGACAUGAUUCAAUACAUGGUAUAAGAGUUACUUUAUCAAAAGUUACAAGAAGAAAUACAUAUGUACCAGUUUAA